AUGGUUUCGAAAUUGCUCCGGCUUAGCGCCAGAUAUGGGACGACGGUCCUUGUCUGCGGCCUCUUUGUUUCUCUCAGUUUGAUUAUCUGUCUGUCUUUAUGCUCCAUGCAAUGUGACACACCUUCAAGCCGGCAUUGUAUGGCAGAAGUCCUUUCCCUACAGAACCAGAUCCUUGUAAAGAAGGUAGUAGAGACUGCCCCACAACAAUCCGUAUCUUACUUCUUUGUUGUCCUUAUCAUGUCAAGUCCAAACAGCCAUAGUCAGCGGGACCUUCUUCGGACAACAUGGCUAAGUAAAAUCCCUGAAGAUGUUCUGGCUAAGUUUGUGAUCGGUACUGCCAGGCUUGAUCCAGAAAAGGUUCAGGAGCUUGAGCAAGAACAACUGGAGCAUCAUGAUCUUUUAUUACUCCCCACACUGACCGAUUCCUACAAAAAUCUCACAAUGAAACUGCUGGAAAGUUUCAUCUGGCUGAAUGCCAACAUCAAUUACAAGUAUGUACUGAAAACAGACCAAGACACCUACGUGCAGGUUCACGAGCUGAAAACGAUCCUACAGAAAUCCGGGUCGCAGCGUGUCUACUGGGGUUUUUUUGAUGGACGGGCUCACGUAAAAAAACAAGGCAAAUGGCUUGAAAAAAACUUUGUUCUCUGCGACCGUUACCUGCCCUAUGCUGUCGGGGGUGGUUACAUCAUCUCCUCAGACCUUGUCCGCUACAUUGCCCAGAACUGGCGUCUUCUUCAGCGAUUCCACAGCGAGGAUGUGUCUGUUGGGGUGUGGCUGGCUCCGUUGGAAAUCAACCGUAUUCAUGACCCACGUUUUGACACUGAGUUUGUGUCGCGAGGCUGUAACAACCAGUACCUUGUGACGCACAAACAAUCACCCGGGGAUAUUCGUGACAAACACAAUUAUCUGAUGAUGACGGGGAAACUCUGUCGAAACCAAUUUCAGAAACGUCUUUCGUAUAUUUAUAACUGGAAUGUUCCUCCCACAAAGUGUUGUGAAAGAAAUAACAAUACAGUCCCAUAG